UUCACAGGUCACUGGUUCCACCGGUUACACCCGUCUACUUCUCCUCCAGCCCCUACUGGCUACAGCUACGCAGCCCUCUGCUUCUCUCCGAUCUCUUCUCCUCCAGCCCUUUACCUGCAGUGCAGCCCUUUGCUUUUCUCUCUCUUCCUCUCUCUCUCCUCCAGCCCUUUACCUGCUGCUCAGCUCUCUGCUUUUCUCUCCUUUCCUCUCCUCCAGUUCUUUACCAUCUACACAAACGGUCUACACAACCAGCUUCCUUCUCUCUCUUCUCCUCCUGAGGCCAGCUUCCAACUCAAAGAGCCGCCCAAAAAUGGCCGAUUUGAACAACUUUGCGCCUUUCUUCGCAGUGAUGGGUUCCGCAGCGGCCAUGGCUUUCACCUCUCUUGGUGCAGCUUAUGGCACAGCGAAAAGUAGCACUGGGAUCGCAGCCAUGUCAAUCAUGCGACCUGAGCUGAUCAUGAAGUCAAUCAUUCCCGUCGUCAUGGCUGGGAUCAUAGCUAUCUAUGGCCUGGUGGUGGCUGUUCUCAUAGCCAACACUCUGUCUCCCACAAUCACCCUGUUCAAGAGUUUCCUUCAGAUGGGAGCAGGCUUCAGCGUGGGCUUGAGUGGGAUGGCAGCUGGCUUUGCCAUUGGCAUUGUAGGUGAUGCUGGUGUUCGAGGGACAGCGCAGCAGCCCCGGUUAUUUGUGGGGAUGAUCCUGAUCCUGAUCUUUGCGGAAGUGCUUGGCCUCUACGGACUGAUUGUGGCCCUCAUUCUCUCUACAAAGUAACCCCUCUUCUUCGCUUCUUCCCUGCUACCUGGUACCGGGCGGAACUCCCCUCCAACGGCCACUUCCCCUGGGGCCACUACAGAGGAUGACGUAAAGACCUGGCUUGAACAACCCUAUCCUUCCCAAUUUGCUCCAGUCUGACACCUGGGACAGUCGUCCACGCUGGAGUUGUUCUUAUAAAUACACGCUACUUAGUGACUCUUCUGUGUGUGUGUUGCUGACCUUGGAUUGGAUGGCCCAAUUUGGAAGCCGUUAGUACUCUGUGUAUAAAUAUGAAUUAGAAUGGUUAUUUUUCUCUGUCCUGCAUUUUUGUUUAUAAAGAUUCGAUAUGUUGAUAACAUAUAUGGAGUAAGAAUGUUCAAUUUCCCAUGUUGCAUGUUGAUCUAAAAUGUUUAUUAUUUUUAUAUAAUAAACAUUUAUAUACUAUUUAUAUAAUAAAAAUAUAAGAU